AUGAUUAACAACAAAGCUUAAAAACUAUUGGGAGUUAAUAACGCUGAAGAUUUCAAAGUAUUUUCAAGAAAAUCUAUAACUUAUAACCUCAUUGAAGAUUGUGGUGAGUAUUAAGUAAAUGAACAUUAUAUUCAAUAAGUUUACCAAGUAGAAGUUUUAGUGUUAAUAAUAGUACUGCAAAUAAUUUGA